AACAAAACUUUAUUGUGUGCAGGGGUCUCUCAAACUUUAAUGGGUUCCCUGGCGACAAACAAAGCGUAGUCCAAGGGGUGGAGAGAACGAGGGAGGGAGGAAGGGAGGGGCGGAGCGGGGAGUGGUCCGAGACUGGCGGGUCCGGGAGGCCGGAGCAGGAACCUAAGCGGGAGCCGGAGCCGGAGCCGGAGCCGGAGCCGAAUCCGGAUCCCAACCAGGUCGAGGCGCUUCCCCUCCCCCCGCCCGCCUUUCUUCGCUGUCAAGAUGCGGUAUAACGAGAAGGAGCUCCAGGCGCUGUCCCGGCAGCCCGCAGAGAAGGCAGCGGAGAUCGGGAUGCGGGUCCCUAAAAAGGGCAGCGUGGUUAAACGGAGACUGGUGAAGCUGGUGGUGAAUUUCCUCUUUUAUUUCCGGACAGAUGAAGCAGAGCCCAUUGGAGCCCUGCUUCUGGAACACUGCCGGAUUACCAAGGAAGAGCCAAGUGGCUUCUCUAUCAGUUUCAUUGAGGAACCCGACAGGAAGUACUACUUUGAGUGCAGCAGUGAGGAGCAAUGUCAGGAGUGGAUCGAUGCCCUGAGAAGAGCGAGCUAUGAGUUCAUGCGGAGAAGCCUCAUCUUUUAUAGGAACGAGAUCCAGAAGAUGACAGGAAAGGACCCCCUGGAGCAGUACGGCAUCUCUGAGGAGGCCAGGUUCCAGCUGAACGCUCCCCAGGCAUGAGCAUCUCUGCUAAGGAGGAAAUCCAUUUUGUCUGCUCCCUGCCAGCACUCGCCCCAGUGACUGGGAGGAGGGGAAGGGGGGAGGGGAAGAAAGGAUUUUUCAGACCUCAGGCUUUCUGCAAUAGCAGCCCUCAUCCUGGGACUGAUGGUGGGUGACUGGGUCAUUUCAGCCCAGUCUGGGCCCAGCAGGAGGAAGGGGAUGAAAUGUGCUGCUGCUUCUCUGAUUGAAAACUGUAACUGAGGAAUAGGGUGGGGGCACCCACAAGCAUCCUUCCCUGGAGCCAGGCAGGGCCCGGUGCUCCCCAGCCUUGAGGGCUGCAGUUGGGCUCUCAGCAGAAGGGAAGGGCCUGAGCUCCCGUCUUCUUGGACAAUGGCCUCUUCCUCUGCAAGUGAGUGGAGGCCCCUUCCUCCCUGAUUCCUCUCCUCCCCUGGCCCCAGAGGCUGAGCGUACUACGUGGCUUUGGACAAGUCACUUCCCUAGCUACAAAAGCGGGCAGACCAGUUGGUUUCUUGUGAGGUCCCAUGCCAGGUGGGCCAGAGGCGAGAGGAAAAGGUAGAAUAGGGCUAGCCAAAGGCUCUUGGGAUACUGGGGGGCACCCUCCACCCUGAGAGCUGGGCUCUCCUCUGAGGUCUCAGUCAAGUCUCCUCCAACACUGUGGGGGUAGCUGAAACCCAAAAGGGGUGCCAUGGUGUUGGCCCCAGGUCCCCUAAGCUAAGGGGGUGCUCGGGGAAGCAGGGUGAAGGUGGCCUUGAGCCAAGAAUGCUGGCCUCUGCCCAGGUUGUUUUGGCAGUAGAGGCUCUGGACUUCUGCCUCCCUGUCUACUUGAAUGUAUGCUACUAGAUGAUGCUGUGAAUGGGGUGGCAAGCCCUAUGUGAUGCUUGGUUCUCCCUUUGGGUGCUCUCCACCACCUGCAAACUUUUCUUUCCAUUUCUGCUUCAGUUCCCUCAGGGAAGUGGCUCUCCAGGUAUUGUCCUCGGAAGGUUCUUGUGGAUUUGGAAUAAAGGUCUUUUUUUCCAA